GUCUGAAAGCUCUUAGAAAUAGUAAGUGAUAGUCGUCUCAUCAACACAGCAUUGGUCAGUCUAAAUUUAAACUCAGAAAUAUUAAGUUGCCUUCAUGAUCCUCGCACUCCUACAACACCACACCUCAGGAAGAUCUUCGCAGGCCACUGAGUGAAGCACAGCGCCGCAGCGGAACCAUCACACUACCACCGCGGCCGUCAUGGGGGAGGCGUCGUGGCGAAGGUGGUGCUGGUGGAGGGAGUGUCUGGUGGUGGUGGUGGUGGUGGUGGCGUCAGAGGCGGCAGGACAGCAGGCGCCUUGUGAGGUGCUGGACAGCAGCCUGCAGUCCACCUUCCCGCUGCCCACCACCCUCACCCUGCGCCCCUCGGAGCCUCAGUGGCGGCUGGACUUUGCUGUGCAUGAGACACACGCGGCCUCCACAGCCUGUGUCCGCGUGGAACAGAAGUCUAAGGUUUCCAGCCUGCGGUUCAAGCUGUACAAGGGAACCUGCAGUAACGGCACGCUCGUCGACUUUGGCUUCCUAUAUGACGUGACCUUUCUGCCCACCGCCUGGACUCUCCUGCAGGUGCAGGUCAAGGACAACUCGGUGGUGGUGGAGCCCUCAGGGGCCGCUGCUGUGGUGCUGCAGGACAGGACGUGCCCUGAGCUCUCCAGGGGCGUGCACCACCACGCGGGCGCCACCUUGUACCCGCACCUCGCCGACAUCACGCCGUCCCGCGCCGGCUGGCAACUGGUGGAGGUGCGGCACCACGGCGGCGUGGCGCAGGUCACCCUGGACAACGUGAUGGUGUGGAGCAGGGAGCUGCCGCCCCAGUGUGCCUUCCUGGGAUACACAGUGACCAUCGAGGGACAGGCCCUCUUCACCUUCUCCUGCAACCCUGUCACCGGCGACCCGGAGUGGGACGGGACACACCAGUGGGCGUUGGAUUUUGACACCGCCAACUCCGGCACGGCUGAGUUAAUGGCGUGGGUGGCGGCGGGCGUCAACAUCGUGGUGGUGGUGGUGGUGUGUCUUGUGGUGUAG